AUGCUACAGCUAUCAGAAGAUGAUCAACUUAAGGAUAUGUGUCCAAUCUGUAAAACAGAUAAAUAUUUAUCACCAAAUAUGAAAUUUCUAAUAAAUCCAGAAUGUUAUCAUAAAAUUUGUGAAUCAUGUGUCGAUAGAAUUUUUUCAUUAGGUCCAGCACCAUGUCCAUAUCCAAAAUGUGGUAAAAUAUUAAGGAAGAAUAAAUUUAAACAACAAAUAUUUGAAGAUUUAAAAAUAGAAAGAGAGAUUGAUAUAAGAAGAAAAGUUGGUUCCAUAUAUAAUAAAACAGAAGAAGAUUUCCCCAAUUUAAAAGAAUUUAACAAAUACAUUGAAAAUAUAGAGGAAAUUGUAUUCAAUUUAAACAAUGGAAUAGAUGUGGAAAAAACAGAACAAGAAUUAAAUAAAUAUGAACAAGAUCAUAAAAUUGAAAUAUUAGAAAAAAAUAUGAGAGAAUCUCAAAAAACAGCGGAUAUAAAUAAAUAUCAAGAUUCAAUGGAAAGAUUAAAACAAGAAAAAUUAAAAAUUCAAAAAAAAAUGGAAAUAGAAGAUUUAGAAUUUUCAAAUAUUCAAAAACAAGAUCUUUUAGAUAAAUUAACUAAUAGUUCAAUGACAAGUGAAGAAUUAAUAAAACAACAACAAUCUCAAUUAUAUAAGAGAAAUCAACAACGUAAAAAACAAUUGCAACAAAUCAAUAAUCAAUUAGAUUUGAAAUUUAAUAGUGUGAAUCCAUUACAAAAACAAAUAAUUGAUGGUGAUAAUUCAAUAACUCCAUUUACUCCAUUCCAAGGUGAUAGAGACUUGAAUAAAAAAUAUGAUAUAUUGAAAAUACCGAAUACAAUUGAUGAAAUUAUGAAUAUUGAAAAUACUAGUAAAAACAGUUAUCAAGAUCCUUAUUUGUUUGAUUUAGCUAAAAAUAAAGAAUAUUUGGGGUCAGGUUGGAGAAUUAAUAAUAUUUUUGAAAGAGCAUUAGAUGAAGCAUUUAUCGGAUUAGGUUGUAAUAUUGAAAGAGAAAAAUCUAUAACGACGUAA